UCCGUGUAGUAUUUUAUGAUCACGUAGCACGUUUUCAAGCUAUAAGCCAUAUAUAAAGUGGAAGAUACUUAGUUAUGUAAUGAAACAUAACAAGGCAACAGACUAAAAGUACGAUUAUUUUUUUAUUUUUACAUGCACAAACGCCGAACUUAGCAGACCUAACCUCAAUUGACCUCACAUCCAUGGCUUUCGAUCUGAGAGACGAAUCACAAGUAAAGGAGUUCAUCCAUAAUUUAGGUAUAGAAUACCGAUUUGGAUGUUACAGUGAAAAGAAACCAGAAGUGUGUCACUUGCUGGGUGAUUACCUUGAAAGCAUCAAGAAAGACUACGCCAAGGCCGGGAAAAUAUAUAAAUCGAACUGUGACGACUAUAAUUUUGGUCGAAGUUGUUACAAAUUUGGAACCUAUACGCUUCUAGGGCGAGGUAAACUGGUAGUGAACCCUGAAGUGGCAUAUGAGUACUUUCAAAAGGGAUGUGAACUAGGAGUAAGUGAAUCAUGCAUGAAUGCUGGAUUAAUGUGCUUAGGGAAUGGCCCAUAUAAAAGGAACAGGAAAGAUUACAAUAAGGGUUUGGAGCAGCUUGAUAAAGGUUGUGAAGGUAAUGAUCCUUUCUGCUGUUACUACAUAGGUGCUAUGUAUAUAUCUGGUAUAAAAGAAGCUAACAUUGCAAAGGACAUGAGCAAAGCCUACAGGUACUCUGAAAAAGGUUGUGCAUUGGGAAAUAUGUAUGCAUGUGCAAAUAUCAGCCAGAUGUAUCAAAGGGGUGAUGGAGUGGUUAAGGACAAGGAAAAGGCAGAACAGUAUAAAAAGAGGGCUCUGGAAUUGCAGGAUGAACUUAUGAAACAGCAACAAACUCUGGAAUUUCAACAAGGGAAUAAACAAGUGUAGUUUCGCACAAUUACAGUCAAAUGGUGUGUAUGUUAGGAGUGAAUGCAUAAGCUAUAAACAGCAUGUGUAGAAAUUGUGUCAAGAUGCAGUUUUUUAGUAUACUUUUUGCAUGGCAUAUUGCUUAAUUAAUCAACUUUACUUUGGUACUGAAAACUUCUGCAACAAGUAGAACUUCAUCUCAAUAUCAUCUAAUCUUUAAAACAUUUAUUUAUGAGCCAUGAUAGCUGCUAUAAGCCGCUGUAUGUCGAUUGCUGGGCUGUGAUAUGAUUCACGUGUAGAACAAUGCAUGCUCCUUUAACAGUUUCGUUGUGAAGAUGGAGGCCAAUGGAAGAUAAAAAAAAGAGAACAGCAAAGAAGAAUGGGAAGAUCAUAUAACAAACCACUUUAGUGUGAACGUUUAUGCAUGAUAUGAAAAUGUAUGCAAAGUUGAACUUACUAUU